AUUGGCCUUGGCUUUCUCAGAGCUCCCCGCCCAGCGCAGCUUUAUCGCUUUGAGAUAACUCGCGUAUUAACGCGGUUCUCCGGGUGCGAUACACGCGCAUCCAGCCCGCUAUCUCCUCCUAUACGACCUUCGAUCCCUGACACCUCAUGUUUAGGACGAUUUAUAAUGCUGGUACCUAAAGCGCCACCGGUCAGUGUCGGUCCAGACUGCUGCUCGCCAUCAUGACCUGCUGUGACCAGAAGUGCGGGCUCAUCGCGGGGACUGUGGUGGGCGCGCUGCUCGCGCUCCUGGGGGGCAUCCUCAUCCCCGUUGGCGACCUUGUCAUUAAAAACACCGUGAAAAAGGAAGCAGUGUUGGAGAAUGGUACUUUAGCAUUUGACACUUGGACAUCUGUGGACAUAUCUGUGUUGAGGCAGUUCUGGAUAUUUGAUGUGCAGAACCCUGAUGAUGUUGUCAAUCAAGGGGCCAAACCUGUGCUGGUGCAAAAAGGACCUUAUACAUACAAGACACGGUAUAUCCCCAAAACAGACAUCACUUUCUACGAUAACAACACAGUGUCCUUUAUGCUACCAGCUGGAGCCAUCUUUGAACGUAGCAUGUCAGUAGGGCCCGAGGAGGACAUUGUCACAUCACUCAAUUUAGCCGUAGCAGGUGUCUACAGCUCUAUCCCUCAUUUUUUGGCAAACUUGAUCAUCAAGAAACACAACUCAACACUUUUUCAAAAAAGAACUGUUAAGGAAAUGUUAUGGGGCUACAAAGACCCGAUGCUGAACACCACGCUGGGACUUUUUUAUGAUUACAAUAACACCGUUGAUGGACCUUACACUGUUUUCACUGGCAAAGAUGAUAUUACUAAGGUAGCCACGAUUGACCGCUGGAAGUACAACAGCUCUCUGAGUUACUGGAAAGACGAUUUUUGCAACAUGAUCAAUGGAACAGAUGGUUCCUCCUUCCCUCCGUUGCUAGACAAGAAAGAACCUCUGUACUUCUUCUCUCCAGACAUCUGCAGGUCGAUAUCUGCAGUAUAUGAAGGGACUGUAGACCUGAAGGGAAUUGAUGUGUAUCGCUACACACUGCCGUCUGAAGCUCUUGAAUCUCCAGCCAUUAACCCAGAUAACCACUGCUACUGCACAGAAACUAAAGUCAGCAAAAACUGCACUCUUGCCGGAGUUCUUGACCUCACUCCUUGCCAAGGAUACCCAGUAUACCUCUCUCUGCCACACUUCCUGCAUGGCAGUCCAGAUCUUUUGGAGGGGUUAGUAGGCCUGAACCCCAACCCCGAUGAGCACUCCAUAUUUCUGGACGUGGAACCUAUUACCGGAUUCACUUUCAGAUUUGCCAAAAGACUUCAGCUCAAUAUGUUGUACGGCCCAUCGAAAGAAAUUGUGAUUUUGAACAAAAUCAAGAACCUCACAAUUUUCCCUAUUAUGUGGGUGAAUGAGACGGCAUCUGUGGAUGACGAAACAGCUGAAAUGUUUAAGGGAGAGCUGAUCUCAAAACUCGACCUGCUUAAAGGGAUUCAGAUCGGAUUGUUAGUGGUAGGCUCGAUCGUAUUUGUAGCGUGUUUGAUAGGGACGAUUGUAGUGAGCUGUAAUAAAAAGUCAAAGAAGAAAAAUGGUUUGCAGGCUUAACUUAAGAGGAAGUGCUUGGUGCUUUGUGUCUUUGAUUUUUGAUAGUGUAUUUUUGGGAAUAUACUGAAUUGUUAUUUGAGUACUGUAGUAUUGCAAUUCUAUUUAUAUAAUUUAUGUACUCUGCCUUUUCUUUUGUGGAGCAAACUGAUUUCUUUCUGUAUUUUCUUGAUAUUGUAUUAAGCUAUAGGUAUCAGGGUAAAACUACUGCAAUUCUGUGGUCAUACUGUGGUUAAAUUAAAUAUGAAAUAGUUUUGUAUGGCAGCACAAUUUUAGUAAAAACAAACAACUGUGAAACCUGGCAUGAUUGGUUUGAAGGAUAUUUUAGGGAUCGAUUUCCAUACUCUUGGGUAGCUGUUGCAAUGUAUCAAAUCUCUGUAUGUGUAAGAUCAAUCAUCAAGCUGAAGAAUAGACACGCACACAAACAGAUAUCUCCUGUAAAUCUAUAUAAUUUCUUUUCCAGUCUCUAAAGGCGGCUAAACCACAAUUAGGUGGGGGUUGUUAACCAAGAGACCUGUGACCUAGUAGGGCACAGCGGUUUUGUUUAAUAUGAAAGCCUGGGACCCGUCAGUGCACUGUUUGAUGAAUUAUACAGAGCUGUUGCUCCUUUUCAUCUGCUGCUUUGCGUCUUUAGUUUGACCAGGUUUUUCUGCUUAAAGGGGUCAUAGCGUGAAAUGUGACUUUUUACAUGUUUUUCCAAGUGCUAUAAUUGGGUCCCAAGUGCUUCUAUCAACCUAGAAAAUGUGAAAAGAUCAACCCAGUAACUUAGUUUUGGUAAACCAUUCUUUGCAAGCAUGUGAAACAUAAGGUUGUUCAUAUUUCGCCUGUUUUGUGACGUAGGUAGCAAGAUUACAAUAAUACCACCUAUUAAUUUAACCACGGCACUGCCAUUUAGUACAGAGAGAGAAAAAAUAAUUGACAGCACUAUUGAGCUUCAAUUUUAACAAACCACCAUCAUUGCAAUAAGUGUUUGCAUUUCAUCAGCUCAUUUGCAUUUUAAACGUCACAUUUUUGCUCGCACCUACAAAGUGGCAAUUUUAACAUCGUAUAAUAAAUUAUCUGUAGGUUAUUUUGAGCUAAAAUUUCACACUCACAACUUAUGCACUCUGGGGACACCAAAGACUUAUUUGACAUUUUUUGUUUAAAUAUCAAAAUAUGACCCCUUUAAGACCUGAUAGAACAGGAUUAGCAUUUACACUGGAAUGAAGGCUUGAUAAUGGGACAUAUAAUAAUGCCCAUGCAAUUUGUAAAAGUCUCUAUAAAGCCAUACAAAAUGUAGCAUUUGGGUUUCUUGACGUAUUAUAAUACAACUUUGAAUAUGGUAUGCUUUCGAAAACCUUAAAUGUCAUAAAGUGCAUUAUAUUCUACAAAAAUGAAGUAAUGAAUAAGAAACUAUAUGAAGAAAUUAUAACUGUACUUACAAUUAUUUGUGACAAUAUAACAGAUUAGAAAUGUAUCCUUUUAUAAUGCAUUACAUGUUGCAUAAAGUUUAUAUAUAGUAUAAACAGGCUUUGCAAAGAGAGAUAUAGAUAUUAUUCAAGAGUUAUGUUUGGAUUGUGAGAGGUUUUAGUGGGUUAUGAUGAUGUAAUGAUGUACAUGAUGUAAUGGAUACAACGUAGCUUGUCUUUGUGCCACAAAUCAAAAUAAUUUUAUUAAAGGAGUUUUUUUUUUAAUAAGUUAUAUAAAGUAUAUCACCUGUCUGCAAUGUUCAGAAAAAGGUGAAUAAAUAAAUAAAAAUGAGGACUAUAUGAAUAGUCCAAACUCCAAAUCAUCUUUUGUUGUCUCAGUAACUUGUGUCACUUCAUU